AGCGCACUUGAAAUCUGUGUAUGCAAAUCCCCCUCCGGUUGGAACCGCCAACGUUUUAACCCCCCUUACAUGUGUAGUACACUAGCUCCGUUGAGUAGCUGUCUGUUCUAUCCCGCUGUUCUCAUUCCUCCUAGUUCCCUUUCGUUUGAUUGUUUGUCCAGGAGCAUCGAGCCCUGCCUGUCUGCCAAACCAACUCUUUCACACUGCCUUGGAUCUUCGCGAUUCCCACCGAAGUCUGUCGUCUUUCUCUUCUUUCUCUUCUAUUCAUUCAUCCAUUCAAGUUUAGUUGUCGGUGUACAGCUAAAGACUGCAAGAUGGAACCCCCAGAAUCAAUCAAGGUGUCAGAAGGGGAAACCGGGUCUGAGGGCAAACCGGUUAAGGUAGACGCUCCUUCGGCCAAGGACCCAGGAGAUCCGAGGACAAUCAGAGGUCUACAGCUCUACUUGGUCAUAGCAGCUUUAUUCUGCGGAGUGUUUGUUAUGGCACUUGACGAAACCAUCAUAAGCACAGCCGUGCCCAAGAUUACUACAGAGUUCAAAUCACUCAGUGAUAUCGCUUGGUACGGCAGCGGCUAUCUUCUUACUAUUACCGCAUUCCAACCGACGUUUGGGAAACUAUAUCGGUUUGUAGAUAAUAAACUUGUGUUUAUGACCUGUGUUUUGAUAUUUGAAGUUGGCUCGAUACUUUGCGCUUCGUCACCUUCGUCUACAGUAUUCAUUGUCGGCCGGGCAAUCGCUGGCACUGGCGCUGCCGGCUUAUUCCAGGGGGCACUUGCAGUCAUCACGAAAACAGUUGAACUUCAGAAGCGCCCCCUGUUCAUUGGCAUCAUCACGAGUACGUUUGCCAUUAGUGUUUCCAUUGGGCCUGUGAUAGGCGGCGUGUUCUCGGAUAAAGUCACCUGGCGUUGGUGUUUCUGGAUUAAUGUUCCCAUUGGCGGGGUUGUUUUGGUCCUCAUAUUCUUUCUGCUCCACCUCCCGACAAGCAGCCAAGAAUCUACGUUUAAUUCUAUGACGCUACCGCAAAAGCUAUGGAGCUUGGACCCUUUAGGAUCAGUCUUCAUUAUUUCAGCUGUGGUGAGUAUUCUCCUAGCCCUUCAGUGGGGUGGAACAUCCAUGCCAUGGCACUCGGCGACGGUCAUCGGGUUACUUACUGCCUUUCCUGUUCUACUUGGGCUAUUCUGCUUCACUCAGUGGAAGCUGGGCGAGAACGCUACCUUGCCACUUGCUUUGCUUCAUGAACAGUCAUUAAUGGCGGCGGUGGUGUACUGCUUUUUUUUCUCAGUACCCACGUAUGUGUACGGGUACUACAUCUCCAUAUACUUUCAAGCCGCAAAAGGCUUCACAGCUACAGAAAGUGGCACCCGGUUUUUAGCCUUCGCGUUGCCUCAGGUUAUCUUCCUUGUAGUCUCGGGUGCGCUAGUUACUCUCUCCGGCUUCUAUGUUCCCAUUAUAAUGAUAGGAACCGCUAUCGCCCUAAUAGCGUCUGGGUUAAUUUUGUUGUAUAACUUGGAGACCCCUGUUGCCCUGUGGGCUAGCGUGCUUGUUAUUUGUGGCAUUGGCACAGGAUCUGCCGUUACCCUACCAUACACAAUUGUUCAGGCAACUCUCGUUGAUGACGAUGUCCCUACAGGAAAUGCGGCAUUACAAUUCGUUUUUCAACUUGGAGCCGCACUCAGUCUCUCUAUCAGUCAAUCGAUCUUUUUAGGCCAACUUAAAGAAUAUGCGAAAGAAUUGACGCCGUUCAUCCCCUAUGAUGGCCUUGUCGCUGCUGGCGCAUCCAAUCUUCGAGCCAUUGCAGAAACCGACCAAGAUUAUAACUUGUUGCGCCAGGUUUACAUGGGCGCCCUUCAUAAAACUUACUUCUACCCAGUCGUUGCUAUUGGCCUAGCUUUACUAACGACGUUUGCUAUGGAGCAUAGGAAUAUUAAGAACAUUCGCAAAGAGAGGGUUGAUAAAGACAAACCUCAACCCUCAACCAUAAAGGAGUCAUAGUUGUCAUGAAAUAUGGUUUUGGGGGACCUGUCGCCAACAGAGUAGUUUGGAGUAGAUUGGGAAUGUAUACACGUUAGAUGAUAGCUAUAGAACCUAUUCGAACUCUAGCUGUAAUGUAUUAUUAUAUUAUUUUGAAUUUGAUGGAUUACUUAUAAAACA